AUGGUGAAUGUUUUUAAUGUCGAAAUCUUCUUUGUUGUUUUUAGAGAAACCUUAGAGGCAGUAAUUGUCGUGUCUGUGCUUCUUGCAUUUAUUAAGCAAGGUCUCUCCGAAGAUGAGACAGUUUAUAAACGACUUCGAAAACAGAUUUGGAUUGGUGCUAUUUCAGGUUUCCUGAUUUGUUUAAUCUUGGGUUGUGCCUUCAUUGGAGCUUUCUAUUCUUUAGGAAAGGAUGUUUGGGCUAAAUCAGAGGAUCUUUGGGAAGGCAUAUUUUGCGUAAUUGCAACUGUAAUGAUUUCACUUAUGGGUAUUCCAAUGCUGAGAAUUAACAAAAUGCAGACUAAAUGGAGGUUGAAGCUUGCUCGUGCUCUGGUGGUUUCCAAAAACGAAAAGAAAGGUCGUUUUGCUUUUGGUCAUUGGACAAAGAAAUACGCUAUGUUCCUUUUGCCUUUUGUAACAACAUUAAGAGAGGGGUUAGAAGCUGUUGUGUUCAUAGGUGGUGUUGGCCUGGGAUCUCCAGCUACAUCUUUUCCCAUCCCUGUGAUUGUUGGUCUUAUUGCUGGUAUUUCUGUCGGUGUGCUUUUGUACUAUUCAGGAUCAACUCUUUCUUUGCAAGUUUUCUUAUGUAUAUCGACGGCUAUUUUGUACUUGAUUGCUGCUGGGUUGUUUUCUAGGGCUAUCUGGUUCUUUGAAACCUACAAAUACAACCAAAAGACUGGAGGAGAUGCUUCUGAAAAUGGUUCGGGACCCGGUACUUAUGACAUUAAGACUUCUGUUUGGCAUGUGAACUGCUGUAACCCUGAAACUGAUAAUGGUUGGGAUAUUUUUAACGCGUUGUUGGGAUGGCAAAACUCUGCCACUUAUGGCUCAGUCAUAGGCUACAACAUAUACUGGCUGGCGGUAAUGAUCACUUUGUAUUUACUCUGGUUCGAAGAAAAGAAUAACCACUUGCCAUUUAUGAAAAAUCUGAAGUUGAGACAACUGAACCCAUUAUACUGGAUGAAGGGUAAAAACAAGAAGGAGGUCUCCAAGGAAGAUCAGGAAAAAUUAUUUGAGCAAUUGAAGAGUAAGGAGUUUGCCAAUAAACUUGCGGAGGAAUAA